AGUAGUAGUUGAAGAAGAAGUGGAAGCGGCAGAAGAAGAGGAUUACCACGGAGUUCAAUGUAGCUGCGCAAGCAAACGGCAAAAACACUCUAAACCUCAAUUCGGGUCUACUUCGACACGUCGAGACACACCUCGAGUGAUGUCAGACUCUGAAGGACGCCGCUCAUCUGUGUCCUCCAUCUCUUUGAUUGAGAUUAAGAGUGAGACUCAUUUAGUGCUCCAAGCUUUUCUACAUCGCUCCCUUUUGAUCCCUCUGAAAGAGAGGCCUGGGAGGGUAGGAGGGGCCUACAAUGAUCACCACAAGUACAGUUCCAACCCAAAAUCAAAAACAAAGGAUGAGCGGAAUUCUCAGGUUGUCACUUCAGGAGAUGAAAAAAGGACUGGAUUCAAAGACCUCAUAAAGCAACUGCCUCAUCGUAAUAGCACACAACGUCCUGCCAAAGACCCUGAAGGCUCACUGGGCAGGAAGAGCAAGACAAAACCAGCACACCUCAAAGACCAAAGCGAAGAUGACACUAUAUCCCCCUCCUCUACAUCAGAAGAGGAUGAAAGUGAAAAGAAACCAAAGAAAAAGCUCAGCCAAAAAAAGAUCAAACAGAAGCUCUCCAAGAUCUUCAGUUUAAGGUUACAGAAGGAUAAGGACAAACAGGAGCGUCCGUCUCAUCCUCAGCGACCUGACACAUUACCAAUUAACAAAAAACUGGAGCCUAGACCAAAUGUCAUCUCUCCCAAUCAUCCUCCUGAGUUCUACAGUGAUGUGGCAGAGAAGCUGGAAAAGAUUGCUCAGAAGUCUACCAGUAUAAAGAGAAAUAGUCCCAAAACACAGCCACCAACAGCAGUAUGUGAUAAAGAAACAAUAGUGCAGGAACUUGUCAAGGUGCUCUCUUCGGAAGGAGAUUCUAUCAAUACUGUGAUCCAAUCAGACCCUUUUCUUCGCUCCAGUUUGACCCGUCUUUCAUAUGCAUCAUUUUCCAAACUCCUGGAUGCUGUGAGCAGCAGUCAGGUAGCUGAAACUCUUUCUCAGCAACCAACAGCCAGUCCUACACUGCAACGGAUGGCUGUCAGCAUGGAGGUAUCACGGCGAAUAGUGACAGCCACGGGAGCUCAGCGGAUGCAAGGCUAUGCAGAGUGCUACAUGGAGAACUUCGUCCCAUGGCUAAAGAGCCAUGGAGGAUGGGAGAAUGCAGUAGCUUUGGAUGAGCAUCUAGAAUAUGACUGAGCAGUGUUGUUGUUUUUUUUUUUUUUUUUUUUUUUUUUUUCUCCUCAACUAAACACAAACUACUGGACCUGACAGGAAAGUGACGAGGAAUAGAGAAACCUUCUCUGCUUUAAUAUGUGGCUUACUUUUUCUUCCAUGGCCUUAUGUAAACGCUCAGUAAUUCUUGAAGCCUUUUGAAUUCUGCUGACAUUAGAAAGUCUUUCCAGGUUUUUGAUUUGCACAAGUCAUUUGUUGUUACUAUUAUAGAUUGUUUUAUAAAAAAGACCCGUCAGUUAAAUUGAGAAUACCUCUAACAUCAGUUUCUGUUCUGUAGUGACUAGUCAAUUUUUGCCUUCUUCCUUUCUGUUCAGUAAAUUGGUAAAAACUCCUACUUGUUUACUUGUUUCUGUGUCCUUAAGACUGAGUCUUAGUAUUUUUAAAAGGAUACAGAAAAACAAGCAAAAUUUCCCUAACACUUUAUUUGUAUUAAAAAACAGUAAAUACCACCACCCACCCUGUACCCAUUUAAGAUUGAAUCUCACUGAAAAAUCUAAUUAACAAUCAAGAACUUUAGUUUCAUGAUUAUCCAGUGAGCUAAAGAAGACCGAGAGCAAGAUUUUAUGUCGUCUUUUCUCAAUUUCCAAAUAUUUACAUUUGCAUUUUAGUCAAAAUUUUGAUUUGUUAGUUCCUACACUGCAUGUCUCACUGCUGGUAUCAUUCUUUCUGUGGAUCUAAUUUACAUGGAAUCACAAGAUGUGGAUUUGUGUAUGUUAGCAAAAGCUAUACAGAGAGGGUAUAAUGUUCAGAGACUGAUAUUUCUAUUGCUAUCGUUUGAUUGACAGGUCUUUAAUCCACAAAAAGAUAAACGCUAAAGUUUUUGAUGUUUUUUUUUUUUUUUUUUGCUAUUUUUUUCCAGUUUGUUUAAUUUUUAAUUGAGUAGGCACAGCCUGUGUUUUUGCAUGAUCCAAAGUCUUUUUGUAUGUCUAUUUUCUAUUUGAGUAGGAACAUUUAAACGCCUCCUGUCUGUAAGUUAUGAGGAAAGAUUCUACAUGUUUGAAUUGCACUAGGUGUAAUAGGGACUGUCCCUUUUUGUUGUUGUUUUUUGUUUUGUUUGUUUGUUUUGUUUGGUUUCACACCAAGAUGAUCCUGGGUUCAAACCCACCAGGAGGAGCCUUUCUGUGUGGAGCAUAUUCUCACUGUGCUCAUCUGUUCUCUCCGGGUAAUCUGGGCUUCCUCAGCCACAGUUGUGAAUCUGUCUCUCGAUAUAACUAAAAUGUGUGUGUGUGUGUGUGUGUGUGUGUGUGUGUGUGUGUGUGUAUAUAAUAUUUUAUUAUUUUUAUUGCAAAUAAUAACCAUUUCUUGUUGAAAGUGGACAAAUUCCUUAGGGAUGUAAGUAUUAACAUGAAUGAACAGGACAUAAUGUAUUAUUCAACCUAAAACCUCAGUAAAGCCACAGUCAUACAGGCCUAAGUGAAUGAUCAGCAAUCCCAAAUUAUUUUAUUGUUCUGCUAAAUAACUAAAAUUAAAAAUGAAAAAAAAAAAAAUCAUUCACUACCUAACUAGCAUUUACUGAUUCCAAGUACAAUUCUCCCAGACCUGUGUGACAAAAAACUGAAACCUCAUGUAAAUUUCUCUGUUCUGUUACAGUGUAAAUUAAAUACAGCUUAGUAUGUAUGUAAUUGUGAGUUUACCUUUUAUGUUUUUAUUGAUUUUUUUUUUUUUUUUUUUUUUUUUUUUUUUUUUUUUGGCAAAGGCACUUUACAUUAUUUU